AUGUACUACACUUUCACAAACAUGGCUAGACAAGAAUUUCUCACGGUGGUCGAGAGAUCCGGAUCUGUCCCUGGCCUGUUGGAUGGAAGAACGGAUCCCGGCCCGAGUAAGAACCAGAACUGGUACGGCACAACUGGCACGGGCUCUCAAGCCGCGGCUGGUACACGAGACACAGACGACGCGAUGUGCGGAGUCUGGGCCAUGUACGAGCCUGGCAAGAUCUUCAGCGCCGGCGGUGCUCCCGACUACACGGACUCCGACGCUACGGACCGCGCGCACAUCACGACCAUCAACAACCCCAACCAGCCGGUGGCGGUCGAGCGCGUCGCAGACAUGGCGUACCCGCGAGGCUUCGCCAACGCCGUCGUCCUCCCGGACGGCCAGGUCCUGGUCACGGGCGGGCAGCGGCGCUCGCUCGUGUUCACGGACACGGACGGCAUCCUGCAGGCGGAGAUGUUCAACCCGGCCACCAAGACGUGGAAGACGCUCGCCGCCGAGGCCGUGCCCCGGAACUACCACUCGGUCAGCCUGCUCCUGCCCGACGGCCAGAUCUUCGGCGGCGGCGGCGGGCUCUGCUACGUCGGCCAGCCGGGCGCCAGCUCGGCGAACUGCGACAAGAGCGUCGACCACGCCGACGGCCAGAUCUUCAGCCCUCCCUACCUGUUCAAGGCCGACGGCACCGCCGCCACGCGGCCUGUGAUCUCGACUCUCAGCGCUACCACGGUGAAGGUGGGUGCGAAGCUCACCGUGUCGGUCAACAUGGCCAACUCGAAGCUGGUGUUGGUCCGCAUCGGGAGUGUCACACACAGCGUGAAUAGCGACCAGGGGCGUGUACCGUUGACGAGCGUGGCGGUCAGCGGCAAUUCGUACACGGCGGCCCUCCCUGCCGACAGUGAGAUCUUGAUCCCAGGAUAUUACUACCUGUUCGCGGUCAGUAGUACUGGGGUGCCGAGCGUGGCGAAGACAGUCAGGAUUACACUGUAA